CUGCAGGCGGAAAAUUUUCCAUCUUCUCACUCUGUCAUGUAACAAUACCAUGCACUCAUUCCUUCUAGAAAAUUUUCUUCCAUUUUCCGCUUGUGCAUGCGAAAAAUCUCUUAGAGUGAGAUAAAUACAUUGUUUUGUCACAUGAUAGAGUGAGAAGAUGGAACAUUCUCCGUCUGCAUGCAAAAAGGGAUGAAAGUGCCAUAAGAUUCAAAUUUCAAUUAAGUUUCCGUUGCACCGAAGUGUAAUCUCAUGUGUGUCAAACCGAAUAAUUAGCCGCUUUCGAGUAACUUUGAAGAAUAAAGUGAUUUAUAUACUAUCAUACUACAUUCUAUAUGUCAUAGUUAUUCACAAAUGGAAAAGUUCUCCCUUUCACUAUUCCAAUUAAAAUGGGAAUUAAGUGGUUUCAAUUGAAGAAGUUGACUGAGCAUAAUUAAAUAAAUUCCUAAAUAAGAAAUUAUCCUUAAAAUGUGUACAAUGGUUUAGAAAGAAGAAGAUACGCACUGAUAAGCUGGAAACUGCCGACUUACCACAUGAUUUGAAAAUAAAUAAAGAUAAUCUGUUGAAAGGCGAUAAGGAGAGUGCGAUGAAAGACAAUGAAGAUCAAAUGGAUACGGCAGACAAUUUCGAAGAUAUCGAAAGAUUUGAGAGAUGUGACUUGACCCAAGGCACAGUAAAUGACGGCUCUGAGCAGACGUUUGCACAUUACGAGAGCAGCGGAGAAGGAAAUGUCAAUCCUGUGCAUGCAUUGAUGGAUGAAAUUGAUUUCAUUGAAAAUGAGGUGACGCCCUUGGUGGAGGACGAAACUGAAGAAUUGGACGAUUUUUUCAUGGAUGUUAUCGACGAUGAAGAUUGUUAUAAGGAUACAAUUGACGACGACCACCCAUCAAUAAAUAAAGAAGAAGACGAUGCAGAACAUUUAUCGCGAAAAGAUUUUACUGCUUUCGAAGGUGCGAUAAGCAGCGAAGCUUUCCAGAGACCUAUUGAUAUUUCUGUGAAUAAAACAGUAGGGGAAGUAAUUUUAAUUAUUUUGAAAUUUGUCCUUGUGCACUCGCUUUCAUUAACUGCAAUUACCGAUUCAUUCAAUAUGAUCAAUUUUCUUUUUCCGGAACCUUUCUUGCCAAAUUCUAGGUAUCUAAGAGACAAAUUAUUUUAUCCUAAGAAUUGUACUAAACUGUACGGAUCGUGUUCAAAGAGUGGCGCAUACGUAGGUAUGUUUCAACGGAAUGAUAGCUUUAAGAAAUGUAAGAUAUUCGGAGCGAAAAUUGAUUUGAAGGGCUGCGCAUGCAACGAUUUUUUUGUUAUAAUGUACGUUGCGUCUCCGAUUUCUAAAUUAAUAGGUACAAAUAGCGAUUACUAUGAUUAUGUCGUUAAUCAUAGAAUUUAUCAAAAUGGAAUAUUUCGCGAUGUUUAUGACGGAAGGAAGUAUCAGAAAUUUUUAAGUAAACUAAGUGAAUCUGACAGACAUCGUUACGUUACAAUGGUUUUCAAUACCGAUGGAGCGCCACUUUUGAAAGUUCAUCUUACUCAAUUUGGCCUAUCUUUUUAAUGCUAAAUGAGCUACCAUACCACAUUAGAAUUAAGGAAUUGAUUCUGGUCGGCCUUUGGUUUGGGAAAGACAAGCCUGAUUUGAAAAUAUUCCUUGAGCCAUUUGUUGAACAAAUGAACCAACUUUCAAGCGCACCUGUUCAAGGAUUUACUCAAUUUAAUGGCUCAUACUUCAAAGCCAAUUUUCGGAGUAAAAGGUCCAUCACAAUUAAUAAAGUUAUUACACUAUGAUAUUAUUUAUGAUUUGUGUGUCCGAAUCCAUGCACUGCCUUUCCGGAAUUGCGAAGCAAAUGGCAACGAUGUGGUUUGGCAAUAAGAGGAAAGCUGGAUUGAUGCCUAGAUCAUUCAUUUAAGAAAUUGAUGCAAGUAUGGCGAAUAUUAAAGCACCUCAUCAAAUUGUCAGACUUACAAGAUCGUUUUCUGAAAAAUAAUUUUGGAAAGCUCGUGAGGGGGAGAACUGGACGCUCUUCUACAGUGUGCUUAUUACCUUUUAAUGCACUGAGCUUUGUUUGUAAAGGCUUUCUACAUUUUAACAAAAGAAGAAAUUACUAUUCUGGAAUUGGAUCAUGCUGAUAAAUUGCUACAUGAAUUCGUUGGUCGUUCGCAAAUCUUAUAUUCUGAUGUGUCAAUGACAUUCAAUGUAUGAUGUUUCUAUGUAAAAAUACGUAACUUUUUAGUACAUUCAGGUAGUCAAACAGAAUAUACAGUUGUUCAAAAGUUAAUAUCAACGAAUGCUUAAAAUAAUGUAUGUGGUGUGCUUCAAAGAAUUGUAAAAGUAGCCAAUGAACAAUCAGCUGUAUUAACAAACGAUAUUGAGAAAGUGUGUGUACACAUGGCAUUUGGCGAUAUUUAAUAUAUCUGCGCUGUUCCCAAUAUGCAUUAUUAUUAAGAAUGAUAAUUACACUUUACAGUUCAGUUGUUAUAAUAUAAGAUUUCUUUCUUUGGUGUUUUAGUUCUAAAUCGUUUUAAGACUCAAUAUCUUUUCUUGGAUUACAUGAUAGCUAACUAUUAUCGAUAGAAUUAUUUCAGUUUAUAAAUAGAUCAAUAUAAAUUAUGUUGUCAACUUUGAGUACUAUUUUCGUGAGAAAUAUAAUUUCAAAAA